ACGACGCAGUGAACCUGGCGAUCCCGCAUGUGGGAGACUACGGUGAGGGAUACGGCGUGGGCCUGGAGGAGGCCAUGGCCGCGUGGGACGAGCGCGAAAGCGCCAGUGCGCGCGGGCCUCUGGCAGCGGCGAGAGCGGCACGAGAUCAGGAACAAACUGGACUGAGCGGAAACAAGGGGACUGUGGUGACGGGCUAUGGCCCGAUGUGGGGUAAGGUCCAAAAGCCACCCCGCUAUGAUACUGAGGGGAGACCGGUAAGCAACGGUAAAGCCCGUUUGGACGAGUGGUGGAUGGCUAUCCCACCUGGCUUUCAGCUGGUGCCAACCAAUCAGGGGUCAGCGGCGAACAGUUCAAAAAUUCAAACGGGUGGCGGCGUCCAACAGACGUCCGUACAGCAACAAAGUGGAUGGCGCGGCAAGCGUCAAGGUAGCGGCGACCAGUUCGUGAGGCGUCCAGGUAAGGCGCUGAAGGUCGAGGGCCACACUGGGUGCGGCCAGCUAGGAGCUGGAGGACGACUACCCGAUCAAUCCUUCGCUUCGCGGGAAGAGCGGCUUCAGCGGAAUGAGUAGUACGUGCGGAGAACGACGACAGAUGGUUUCGGGGCCCGCCCGAACGACUACUGCUACUGGUGCGGUAAGGCAGGCCACUACUCGCGGGACUGCGACGUACGAAAGGAAGAUCUGGCGGUGCAUGCAGCCGCGUCCGUCCAGGACACGACGACGACAACGGCCGACGGGUCGGGAAAUGUGCAGUGAGCAUAAGGGCCCCGGCCAUAUCGCUCGCUAGUCCUGAUCCGGGGGAAGAACGAGAUGAACGAUGUGAGCAAGUGGCCGGUGGAGUACAACGGCCUGCGCAGGGAAGAGAACGGCACGGCAAGAGACCGCGAGGACGGUGUGGCAAGAUGGCGAAGGCGCGCAUUGAGCAGCGCGGGGGGUACGAGACUGGGGAUGGCGCCGUGCGCGCCGCACUAGCACUUCCGCGUAGUCGAUGCAAUGAACGGCUUUGUAGUGGAGGUGACGCG